AUGACUCUCAACGGAGGAGGACUGCUAGCGUCGUUCUCUUUCACGCGCCGUCGUCCAUCGGUGGUCGGUCUGAUCGGCGGCAUUGCAUCUGGCAAGAGCACCGUUUCGAAGGCCCUGGGCACGGCGUGCGGGCUGGAGGUGAUCGACGCCGACAAGCUGGGGCACGAGAGCUACCAGCCAGGCACCCGAUGCUUCGGCAAGCUGGUGGACGCGUUCGGGGAAAAUAUCGUGGCCGGGGAUGGCACAAUCGACCGCCGUGCGCUUGGACAGGCGGUGUUCGGAAACCCUUCCAACAUGGCCAGGCUGCAAGGCAUCGUUUGGCCGGAGAUUCGCCUCCUGGCGGAGGCGAGGAUCGAGGGACUGGGCAGGGAGGGCGCCGAGUCGGUGGUUCUCGAGGCCGCCGUGCUUCUAGAGGCCGGGUGGGACGACCUCUGUGACGAGCUGUGGGUCGUCCAGGUGCCCCCGGCAGUGGCGCGGGCGCGAUUGAUGAAACGCAACGGGUUCGACGAGGCGGAGGCCGACAAGAGGAUAGCCUCGCAACCCAUGACCAACCAAGAGAGAGCGGCCCGUGCGACAGUGGUGCUCUCCAACGAGGGCACGGAGGAGGACUUGGUGGCGAAGGCAGGUUUCGACUAG